GAGUGCGCUGGUCAACCUAGUUUUGGUAGUACGUUAGUAAGAAAAGAGGUAGAGAAGAAAGCGGUUGCAUGGAGCUAUGGGGGAAACAAGGAGAAAGAAGGGGGUGAGUGUAUAACAUAGCCAAUCGUGAAUGAAAUCAGGCAGGGAAAGGGGCGUUUCUGCCAUAUUAGGGGUGGGCGAAUCAGUUUGUGAAGUCAGAAUAGGGAGAACAAUGCUAGAACGAGAGUUAGUAAAAAGGCUAGCACGUCGAGAUAUGAAGGAAGGAAGAAGAACGAAGAGGAAACGAGUAUUUCUCGCUCGCUUGUGGGUGGAAUCGGGCAGAAGAAGAUGCAUUUUGGAGGUUUUGGGGGCAAGCGAACCCCGUUAUGAAGUUAGUUCUACAGGAGAGUUCAUAGAUAGGGAGACAGAAGAGAAAUAGAGUGCGCGGAGAGAUGGCAGGGAUGAAAGGAAUGGGCAUGGCAACGGGAAAGAAGUGGUUUCACACCCGUUCCUUGAUGGAGACGGGCGAAUGAAGGCUCGUUUCCAACAUUUUGGGAUAGGGCGAUGUGAACGGCGGGGUUAGUUUUGUUGUAGGAUUAGUAGAAUGAGAGUUAGAUAAGAUUUGCACUGCGCGGGGAUGUCGGAGGAGGGAGAAAGAGAGCGAACGGGCGUGAAAAUUGGCUAACUCGACCGUUUUUCGGUCGUUUUUGGCAAACGAGGAUGCUAAAUGGGGGUUUGGGAUCAUCCUCAACUGAUUGACCGUGUCAGAAUUGCGAUCUGAGCAGCCGGUUGUUCGGAUCGAAGCGAUAGAUGCUGCGUGACUAUGCUAUGGCCAUUCACCGACCCCGAUUCUAAGGGAAGAUUCAUUCUCAUUAUGCACAUUUUACAAGGCGCAUGACGAGCUCGGGUUGCUGCCAAUCGUGCUCUUCGUCACGGUCGUUCUUCAUGGUCGCAGUCUUGUUAUGGUGGCCACCUAUGUCAUGCGGUACAUCUUCAGGUGCACGUCAUAAUAGUAGUCGUAGCGGACCUACGCAGGAUGGUGGUUCCUUCGUCAUCAUCGUGGUGUUGUCGGUCCGGCGUCUCAUCAUGAUGCUUUCUCUUGAGAUCACGAUUAUUCGUCUCGGCCAUGGUAUCCGUGGCCGUCGUGAUGCAGCCACCAAUCCUUGACGUUGUUUUCCCCACGUAGGCUCUCAAAGGAGUGUAUGAAUUUGGUCGAAGUAUCAGCCAAAUGCACUAGGUGGUGAGCGGUGUUGAAGGCGCAUGCUGAGAUUCACAAAGAGGGAGGAGGACGAUACUUACCUGAUCGGCGCAUGGCCGCAAUCGAUAGGCGCUGCAAGCAGCCAACUCGAGUGAGUGUACCCGCCCACGUUCUAGCGGAGGAUUCAAUUUCAUUUUGAACGUCCACUAAGAGCACGAGCUUGCGAGGUAUGCGGUACCAGAGAGAGAAGAGAGGAGAGGUUCAAGCGGCGGUGGCUGCUUACCUUGUCAGGACCACGACUACCGUCUUCAGAUACAGUUAGUUUGCGCUUGGGUCAGAACGCGAUCCCAGUAGAGAUCGCCCGAGAAAGAGAGAGAGAAGAGUUCACCAUGUUGGCUGAGCGUAAGAGGGGCGUGGUAAGUGUUGAUGCAUCUGGUCAGUCUUUAGCGAGAGAUUCAUUCUCAUUUCGCACAUUGGGUAAAUGAUGCAUCAGGCGCGGUUUGCCAAGAUCAUCCUACAGGUGUCGGUGCUCGUCAAAGUGGUCACCUUCGCCUUUCCAGUGAUCGGCCGCCAUUUCAGUAAGAGGCAUAUACCCGAUUGGAAGACCGAGAUACGCGCAUCAGGCAAAAAUGGGAAGAAAGUGCAAGAAAACGUAGGACAAAGAAACGGGGAGGAGUGAUGAAGUUGGGGAAAGAUAGAUGAAAAGAGACUGAGGGGAGAAAGAGAGGAACGUGAGCAUGGAAAAGAAGAUUAAAGAGAAGCGAGAAAGAACAAGAUGGGGAGUGCAUGAGCUCGACCACGGUACUAACUAGGUGUAUUAGAAAUAACAUCAGUAAAGCUCAAGCUCAGAUAAAAACUGAUAAGAUUGUUGACGUGACAUUGAAGAAAGUGGCUAGAGAAAGCAGUAAAGAGGAAAGGAAGAGCAGCAGUGUAAGAUUAGGGGACUUACCUGACCAAGGUGCAUUCGCGGACACUAAACUGCGGAGUUUGAGUCCACAGUGUGUUAGUGACUUGGUUGCAGAAAGGAUUGAUAGAUUGAGAGUUUAUUCUUGAUUCUGUUAGUGGUGGUGGUCUAGGCGGAGUAGUGGCAGUAGUAAUGGACUGUCGCUGCGAAUUGGAGAGUUGACAGUUGGCGGUUUGACUUUUGGUUGACCGGGCUGCUGCACAUUUUGGCCAUCAUUGCGGGGCCUUCAGACGCACGAAGGUUACAAGGCCCUCUCCUGAGAGUUGCGUCAGUCCCUUCCUUGUAUCUCGAGAGUCUGAAACUC